UUAGUUUUCGUGGGUUUUCCAAGAGGACUAUUUUCAGUAGUGACCGACUACGCAAGACGACUUACUCGAACGAAAUAAUUUUGUUCAACUGUGUGAAUCAAACUUUUGCAGAUUUGUUAUUUCACUUUUCUGUAAGAAACUCGGUGCAAGCAUGAUUUCGCCUAAAUAUUACAUGAACUCGAACAUGAUGCAACGUGAAUCCGCCAAGAACAUUUUGGAGGAAUUUAGCAGCGAAUUAGCGCUGGUUCGAGGCAAAUGCAUGGACAUCGGAUCGGGACCCGGAGAUGUGACCAAAGAGCUAUUAUUACCUAGAUUGCACUCCGAUGUAGUGGUCGUAGGUGCCGAUAUAUCUCAAUACAUGACGGACUACGGAAAUCUGAAUUAUGCCGACGACAAACGAUUGUCCUUCAAAGUUUUUGAUAUCGAGACGGAAUUGCUACCGAACGAGGAGAUCGAGCAAUACGACUGUGUAGUAUCAUUCUCAUGCAUGCAUUGGUGCCGAGAUAUAAAGCGCGCGUUUCGAAAUAUUUACAAGCUACUGCGACCGGGCGGCAAAGCGCUGAUCGAAUUUAUGGCACAUCACGACAGCUUCGAAUCGUAUCGUGAGAUGAAAAAAGAACCGCAAUACGAGCCUUAUAUGACGGACAUAAAUCGUUAUAUACCAUAUUUUCAAUAUUGUAAAGACUCGAGGGCGUCUCUGCGGAAGAUUCUGGAGGAAACGGGAUUUCAUGUUAUUCAUUGUAGUGAGAGACAAACGACAUAUACGUACGAGAAUCGACAAACGCUAAGAGCACAUGUGUUAGCAGUGGACCCUUUCAUCUCGAAUAUGCCAGACAACUUAAAGGACAGAUACAUGGACGAUUUGAUGGAUGAAGUAAUGACUACAGAGAUAGUGCGUCUGCAUAAAAAGAAGCAACAGACACCGGAAAACGAAAACAAAAACGGAAGCGAGAAAAUCACGUUGGACAAAUAUUACAUACUGCUGACAUAUCAGGCGAUAGGCAUGGCCGAGUUAAGCUAAAAUUAAAGUAAUUCGUUGGGAUGUUCUGACGUUUCGUGGGAGAUUUAGACAUUUCAUUACUAAUCGAACACUGAAACGUUAACUAUUUGCAGAAUUAUCGUUUCUAUAUUAAUACGAGUCGAGAUAUCUCUAUAUUACCCAACAAUGCAACUAUCGUUCAUCAGAACUGGAGAAAAUAAAUGUUACAAUCACAGCAAUGAACAAAGUGUCCAAUUAUUU